UGAAGCGGAGCAGCGCAGCAGUGAUGGCGCUGCUGGUUGUUCUUUUCGGUGGACUCUGACCGCGCUGAUCCUAUCUGGCCGUCCCUCCUCUCAGGCCUUGAUUUGGGGGCGUUUUAGUGAACUUCAGUUAUGUUGGGCAUUCUUGCCAGGACGAUGGUUAAGGCUUGCAUGGUGAAACCCUCCAGCCUGGUAAAGCCAGUGUCAGUGACACGGGUCACUGGUCGUUACUUGGCCCACCAGGAGGGUCUGCCUAAGCUUCCAGUGCCACCGCUGCAGCAAACAUGCGAACACUAUCUGGCUGCCCUGACGCCCAUCGUGGACCCGGAGGAGCUGGAUCACACCUGCCAGCUGCUGGAGGAGUUUCAGAAGUCAGGCGGUGUAGGUGAGAGACUACAGAAGGGCCUGGAACAACGAGCCAAGAAGUCGGAGAACUGGCUCUCUGACUGGUGGUUACAAACAGCCUACCUGGACUACCGGAUGCCUGUUGUCGUCCAUUCAAGUCCUGGGGUUGUCCUUCCCCGGAUGGAGUUCAGUGACCGUCAAGGCCAAAUGAGAUAUGCAGCAAAAUUAAUCGCUGGAGUUUUAGAUUUCAAGAGAAUGAUUGACAAUGAAACGUUGCCAGUGGAGUAUCUGGGUGGAAAGCCGCUCUGCAUGAACCAGUACUAUCAGGUGCUCUCGUCUUGCCGGAUCCCUGGAACAAAGAGGGACAGUGUGGUCAACUACGCCCGGGACAAGAGACCCCCCACACACAUCACUGUAGUGCACAACUUUCAGUUCUUUGUGCUGGAUGUGUAUAACAGUGACGGCACGCCGCUGACUGUAGACCAGAUCUACAUCCAGCUGGAAAAGAUCUGGAACUCGUCUUUACAGACCAACAAAGAGCCUAUAGGCAUCCUCACCUCCCACCACCGUAACAGCUGGGGCAAAGCUUACAACAACCUCAUUAAGGAUAAAACGAACAAAGAGUCUGUGAGAGCCAUCCAGAAGAGUAUCUUCACAGUCUGCCUGGAUGCCCCCAUGCCACGUGCUUCUGAUGAUAUGUACCGCACACGCGCCGGAGUUCAGAUGCUGCAUGGAGGGGGAAGCAGGUGGAACAGCGGAAAUCGCUGGUUUGACAAAACACUGCAGUUUAUUAUUGGAGAGGACGGGACAUGCGGGCUGAUCUAUGAACACGCCCCCGCUGAGGGUCCUCCCAUCGUGUCACUCAUCGACCAUGUGGUGGAAUACAUGAAGUCGACAGACAUGGUCCGGACCCCGAUGGUCCCGCUGCGUAUGCCACAGAAGCUCCGUUUCAACAUCACGCCAGAGAUCAAAAAGGACAUCGAGGAGGCCAAACAGAACAUGAACAUAAUGGUGCAUGACUUGGACGUGAAAGUCAAUGUGUUUUCCCAUUUUGGCAAAGAUUUCCCAAAGUCGCAGAAGAUGAGCCCCGAUGCCUUUAUUCAGGUGGCUCUCCAACUGGCGUACUACAGGAUUUACAAGCGCUGUUGUCCUACCUAUGAGAGCGCCUCCCUCCGCAUGUUCAGACUGGGCCGAACCGACACUAUACGUUCAGCGUCCAUCGACUCUGCUAAUUUCGUCAAGGCCAUGGAUGACCCAGCCAAACAUAACACAGAGAAGGUGGCACUGCUAGCCAAAGCAAUUAAAGCGCACAGAGCUUACACAGACAUGGCGAUUCGAGGGCAAGCCAUCGACAGACAUUUGCUCGGCCUGAAAUUGCAGGCUAUUGAGGACCUGGCCGCCCUGCCAGAGAUAUUCAUGGAUACCUCAUACGCUGUGGCGCUGCACUUCAACCUUUCCACCAGCCAGGUGCCAGCAAAAACCGACUGUGUGAUGUGCUUCGGCCCGGUGGUACCAGACGGUUAUGGCGUGUGCUACAACCCCAUGGAUACCCACAUUAACUUUGCAGUCUCUGCUUUCAACAGCUGCCAGGACACUAACGCAGCACGUCUGGCCCAAGCACUAGAGGACGCACUGUUAGACUUGAAGACCCUGCUGGAGCAGACGCCCAAAGCCAAGCUUUAAAAUGAUUUUUCAAUUAGACUUGUUUUUUUUUUUUUUUGAACAGAUCAGUCAAUGCAUUUGUGUUUACAACGUCAUUCAAAGGACAGGAAUUUUAAGGAGAUUUUUAUUUAGAAUUUGACCAGUCCAGAACCGAGUUGCUUGGACUCUUUUGGACUUUGACGAGCCUUAAUAAUCCUUAGUAAUAAUCCUUAACUUUUAUAUGUUUAUGUGCUUUGGUUAUAAUUGUUCAAAUAUAACCAGAUCAAAUAAGCUUUGCUGAUUUGAAUUUUGAGAUUAUGCAUCAUGCAUUAUGGUGAACACGCAGUUAAAAAAAAAAGCUCAUGUGAUUAUUGUAUAUUAGUUAUUAAAUUAAAUUCAGUUAAAUAUGGAAAAAAAUGUAAAUAGUGACAUUUGCAAAGCAUCGGUUUCUUAGUUCUUUGUACAAUGUUGUAAAUUUGCACAUUAACAAAAUUUUAAUAAAUAUCAAGUCUUUAAAUACA